UUAAUGUUUUCUUGUCAGGACUGUUGAACGGUGUCGUGGUUUCGAAUAAAACACAUUUCAUCAAUCAUUUAACCAUAGUAAUUUGGGAAAAUGUGAACUGUUUGUUAUUAAUUCACGUAUUGCACGGUGUGACAAUAUAAACUUUAAUUAUUAGAUGGCUGGAAAUAAUAUACGAAAAUACAAACUAACCAUAUCAGGAUCUUUAUGAGAUAAAAUAUAUAAAUAUAUAUAUAAGCUUUAUCAUUAUUAUCGGUGUUUAUAAGCGGAACUAUUGAUUACUUAAAUUAGACCGGAUCGAUUGUUUUGGGCCGCGAUUCGAGUGUCCGUGCCCUUUGUCUUUAUUAUUUACCCAGUGUCAAUAAAGGAAUUCGUUACACGUUGGCUUUUCAAAUAGCACCUUGACUACGAACUGAUACGUUGAACGAGGUCUGAACAGCCCGUAUUGACACAAGUAUUUAUUCCCGCAGAUAGCAAAACUUAUUUGGAAAUAACUGACCACUCUUGUUAGAGAGGAAAUGAGCUGAAACUUUAUUUAUCCAGGUCUCACAAAGCAAGGUCGGAUAAUUAUGGCGGAAUUAGGACUGGAACGGCACCAUGCAGUCAGUCAUAGCGAGUUGACUUCAGGCCAUGAUGUAACAAAUCUGCUGUCACAAAUCAAUCAGAAUUUUAAACAAUCGAAGGCGGACCAAAUACUCCGAUUGUUACAAGAUCAGGAUAAGGUAACGGAUAAUUCAACAGAUUCCGUGGCAGACGACACUGAACUGCUUAGAGAAUACGAUCAAAUAAAGGAAGAAAGGGUUCUAUGUGACAGUGAUACAUUAACUGACUCUAGUUCUGAUUCAGGGGAUACUUUAAACACAGUAAAUAUUCCAGAAACGGAAGUAAGUAAUUCACGACAAAACAAACAAGCAAUUUCAAAAAAUAUGCAGGAAUAUAAAACAGAAGCUGUUGAAUCACGAGAUAUGCGAGGAUUUAGGAGACACAGGGCACGAACUUCUUUCGGUUUUCAUGCCGACAUGAACGAUGAAGUAAACAAUGAAAGUGUGCCCGUUAAUUUCGAUACAAGGGAUUUAAAUAUAAGACCAAAAUCAAGUUAUGUACGGAGACAUCAGUUUAAAAAAAGAGAGGAACCUGAUCACGUUCAAGUUGAACCGGAUGUUGUCGAACCUCCGCCUCAGAGGCCGUCAAAGUCUGCAAGACCGAAAAGUAGGCUAGGACGCUCGUCCGUACCUAAAACGGAACGCAAAAUUGUGAUGAUGGAGGCAGAUGUGGUUGCUACUGAACCUGAAAAUGUUCCUCCGUCACGUGACGAGUCUGUACGAGGAGGUGCUAAUAAUAUGUAUGAUAGGUUUUCAAGCGUAAGGCAGCCAAAACGUGAAAGUAAGAGGACCAAAGCAUUCUGUGAUUCUAAUUUUGUUACGCAACAACAGACUGUUGAAAAUGUUAAUGUUGACAGUGCCAGUUUAAUGGACACAGGUGAUGACUUUACCGAGGUACAGACGAUUGCACCAAAUUCAAAUGUAACAAACACACGCGGCUCUUAUUUGUCUAAUUUUACAAACAGUCAGGUUCCGCGAAAUUCGCCUAUUCAAACAAAUGUUCAGCAUGUACAAAAACGUCCCAACAAAUCUUAUUCAAGACCGGAACAAAACCAUAACAAUGGAAGCUAUCAAACACCGGCAGUUCCGUACGAGUCACAUCUUAUACGUACUGACACUAUGACAAGCAAUGGGACAUUGAGGGCGGAGCGUCCGGAUAAUAUUUCUCCAACUUCUCAGAUUCCUUUGAAACGGAAUAAUUCUAAUUUAGCGUAUGCCAGACCAAAGAAUCCGGAACCGGUUACGUCACGUCCCAUAGAACGCCCAGAUAUACGACCUAGCACACGCACACGUCGUCUGCAUAGACGAUAUAUGGCUCCUACGCAGUCCCACAUGUCUCAAGUAAGACCUACAUCUGAGUCAGUGAUACUCGCUAGACAAAAGACUGAGAAAAACUUGAUGAAAAAGCAAGCAGAAAAUCGACCUCAUUCUGAGAAAAUAAUUAUAAAUUCUCAAAGCAAAAACAUUGACUUGAACCUCAACCCUACACAGGGUCCACAGACUUUUGUGACGUCCAAAGGUGGCGUUACACAGGCAUCGCAUGUUCACGAAGGAGGAUUCCGUGGUUAUGACCCAACUAGUCGAUUAAAAUCGUCAGUACAAGCGCGUGAUCUCCCUAGUGAUUUGACACUUCCUCGACGUGGUCAAAAUAAUGUUGUUAUGGGUGGGCGUCAACCUCUAGCAGCAUUAAUGAAAUUGCCGUCCUUGGAGGCGUCUCUUGCGGCGAAAAAGAAGGAAAGGGGGCUAACUCUAGCAGCACGUGAAACUUGUGUAUGAUAAUGUUUCAUGUUUGUGUUUAUUUUGAAAUUGUUUUUCGGAUUUACCAUGUGUUAAGAAAUUCAGCAUUAAACCGUCUGCAUUUGUUUAUGGCGAGAAUUGCCGCGCAUUUCUGGAUGAAUGAUUCAAUUACAUAAUUAUAAUAAUAUGAGCCGCGUCACGACAAAACCAACAUAAUGCGUUUGCGACCCGCAUGGACCCAGACCAGCCUGCGCAUCCGCGCAGUCUGAUCAGGAUCCAUGCUGUUCGCUAUCAGUGUCUCUACUUGUUAUAGGGUUUGUAAGCGAACAGCAUGGAUCCUGAUCAGACUGCGCGGAUGCGCAGGCUGGUCUGGAUCCAUACUGGUCGCAAACCCAUUAUUUUGGUUUUGUCAUGACGCGGCUCAUUGUAUACUACAAAAUUAAAUCAGAAACUAUUUUAUAGCUUGAUAUACGAUGUCGAAUGUGAUAAUUUUUUAUGUAUAGUUAUAAAACAAAAAGUAUGCGUUAUUAUUUCAUGGACCGAUGGAUAUAUAUUUAUUCCUACUUUUUACAAAAUCAUUUAACUUUUUUAUAAGUGGAGUUUUCGUCUCAAACUUUCUAUUUACCCAUUAACGGUACCUAAAAUAUUCACCAGGCGAUAAAUAAAAAAAUAUAUUUAAAUAGCCUGAAUAUCUAACUUGGCGUUCAGAAAUUCUGUCGCUGAGACAGAACUAUUCUGAAUAAUUUAAAUUCAGUGUUUAGUAUGUCAUAAAGCUAUUGUUGCAAAUAAGCUGAACUUUUGGCAGGGACUAUCGUGAGUAAUUGACGGAUUUAUCUAUUAUUGUUUUAUGUCAUGUAAAGUACCUAUGGUGUUAAUGUCAUUAGAUAUACCAUAAAUUGUUAAUGAAUAUAACAAAAAUGAGGAACAAUUAAACCACGAAAAGGUUA